AUGAGCACCCCAGUCAACGCCAGCGGCGCGUGGCGCGACCGAACGAAUCUCUUCAUAUCCUACCGCCAAUCUUAUACCCACCAUCCUACAAAGCGUGCGCGCUUCACUGGACCUAGCAGUGGUCGCUUCGCGGACAACAACGAUGCCAACGACUCGGAGCGAGAAGGACUCAUGUCCAAUGUUGAAAACGAUGGAGACGCGGUAAUAGAGAUGGAUGUGCUGCCUCCGAGAUGGCUAGAUCUGCAAGAAAUAGUGUCGCAGCACCUAGCAGACAUCACUGGAAAGAUGAAGAGACUAGAUCAAAUGCACGCCAAGCACGUACUUCCUGGGUUCGACGAUGAGAGCGUCAAAGCGAAGGAGGAACGGGAGAUUGAGAGUCUCACACAGGACAUUACGCGAGAUUUUACGGGCUGUCAGAAGGCGAUCAGGAGGAUCGAUCAGAUGGUUCGGGACCAGGGCUCGACGGUCUCGCAGGCAGACGCAACGAUGGCGAAGAACCUCAAGAUAUCCCUGGCCACGCGGGUGGGUGACGUAAGCACGCUCUUCCGGAAGAAGCAGUCGGCGUAUUUGAAGAAGCUGCGCUCGUUGGGUGGUAUGGGUGGAACGGAUAGUCCCUUUGGGGGGAGGUCAGGCACUCCGUCCCUGGCGCAGAAUCCAUACACCGAUCCAGCGAUGAUGGACUCCGAAACGGAUCGCUCUUCUGCGCAGUCCACACUACUCCAGACUGCCCAAGUCCGGCGACGUACCGGGGUGAUGGACUCGGCCAUAGAACAGCGAGAGCGGGAGAUUGAGAAGAUUGCACAGGGUGUCAUCGAUCUCUCGAAUCUGUUCCAGGAACUCCAGACUAUGGUGAUUGACCAGGGCACCGUCUUGGAUCGCAUCGACUAUAACGUUGAACGUWCAGCGGAGCACGUCAAAGAGGCAGACAAAGAGCUCAAAGUCGCAACGGGCUACCAGAAGCGGGGUGUGWAGCGCAAAGCGAUAUUGCUUCUCAUACUGGUGAUUGCGGGUAUGUUCAUUCUGCUUCUGAUCAAACCCAAGGGACGGGGAACACCCGCAGUACCCCCGUUGGCGCCGAGCGCGCCUGGCGAUCCAGGCAAGACUUUGGCACGAAACGACGGGCUUGUGUUGGACGUCAACAGAAGAAUCCACGCGGAGUGGAAACAGCGGAGGAGGCGGAUUCAUUCGGACGCCGAGCUCGUGCCUGUAUAA